AUGCCUUCCAAAAUCGCCUCCCCUAUUAGCCCCCCUGCGACAGUUAUUGUCACUGGUGCCAAUGGCUUUAUUGCUCAACACUGUAUUGCAGCGUUGCUCAACCAGGGCUAUAAUGUUGUUGGCACCGUCAGGUCAGCAUCUAAAAUCGACCCAGUAAAGGAGGCACACAAGUCACACCCCAGCCUGCAACUAGUCGUUGUCGACGACAUCACUUCAUCAGAUUGUUACCUCAAGGCUUUCGAUAACUUGAAGCCGAGCGCAGUUUUUCAUCUUGCCGCGCCCUUCCACUACAACGCCACUAAUUUCGAAACCGAACUCAUGAUUCCCGCCGUACUUGGUUCUACCGCAAUCCUUGAGGCCGCAACUCAAAUACCAAGCAUUAAGCGAGUCGUUCACACCAACAGCUUUGCGUGUAUAUAUGACGCUGCCGCUGGGCCAUCCCCAGAAAAGACAUACACUUCUAAAGAUUGGAGUCCGCUUACCUACGAGGAUGGUGUUAAUGCCCCCAAUGCGCCUACCGCCUACCGAGCCAGCAAGACGGCUGCCGAGAAAGCUGCAUGGAGUUUCAUCUCCGAGAGGAAACCUGCAUUCGAUCUAGUCAGCCUUUGUCCCACAAUGGUCUUUGGUCCUUUCCUGCCUGGAUCGACGCCAAAGUCCAUCCAGGAGGUCAACACGAGCAACCUUAUGGUAUGGUCUGUCGUCUCUGCUGGCAAAAACCAACCCGUCCCUCCUACAAAGGGCCCGUGUUGGGUUGAUGUGCGAGAUGUAGCCGAGGCUCAUGUUAAAGCGCUCCUUGUACCCGAGGCGGGCGGCGGCCGUUACAUGCUUUGCCAGGGCGUCUAUUGCAACCAAGAACUUGCCGAUGUGAGCCGGAAGGUGACUUCAAAAUAUGCUGAGAAGAUCCCAGUCGGUGAACCUGGCAAGCGAGAGAAGCACACUCAUUUUGGAGUUGACGCCAGUGAUGCUGAGAGAGUGCUCGGGCUGAAAUGGAGAGGAUUGGAAGACUGUCUAGACGAUCUCGUACCUCAAUUAUUCGAGAUUGAGCGAAGUUCAGUUUCUGCAUAG